GAGCGCUGUGGCCUGUCAUGCCUUCCGGCUUGAGCUGCGAUACACUAUCCAUGUCGAACUAUUGUGAAAGCAUUCUUCCGAGCGACUCGGUUGCGCGUCGGCCUUGUGGUGGUUUGCCACUCUCGCCAAUCAUGCAUGGGCGGGUCUUGCUCCUUGGGCUAAGUCAUCACUCGUCGAGACUGCAAGUGCUCGCAAUGACUCUGCCCUCCUUUCCACGCAGUGCGUGACUCUCAAUUUCCAUCCUCGCAUCCUAUAGACAGCUGGUGCAUUUCGUAGAAACCCCUCUCCUAUCUCCAUUUUCCUUUUAUUUCCCUUUUUUGCGCUUUGCACCUCGUCGCCUCCCAUUGCGCAGCAGCUGGCUUUGCUGGUGCCAUUUCGUCAUUCUUGGCCUCCAUCCAUUACGCCCGCUAUCUCCGCCUGCAGGGACCCCACCUUCCACAGCAUCAAUAGCAUCGACGAGGGACGAGUACAAGACUGUCGACCAUGGUUCUGCGCAAGCACGAGCUGGAAGUAAAGCUCAAGGAUGACCUGGAGCUCGUGCGCAGCGGUGUUUUGAGGGAGGAGAACCCCCUCGACACGAGUGAGGGAUUCAACGAGCUGCUACAGGCUUGCCGCCGUGGCGACUUGAGGAGAGUGCAAGAGCUCAUAUCUGAAGGCGUGAAUCUCAACGGUAAAGACAAGUUUGAUUACACGCCUCUGAUCAUUGCCAGCCUGUGUGGCCACUUCGAACUGGUCCGGCUACUGCUCGAAUCCGGUGCUCUCGCUGAGCGAGACACCUUCCAGGGUGAGCGGUGCAUAUACAACGCUCUUAACGACAGAAUUCGCAAUCUCCUGCUUGAGUACGACUUCUCCAAGUCGACGGACCCCCUUCAGCCAUGGGCCGCCCAUAUCACGUCGCUGCUGUCGCGGGAAACCCCGGCAACGUCGGACAUCUCCCUGGUCGAGGGCAAAGACUCCUUCAGCCUUCACAAGUUUGUCCUGUCUUCACGGUCGCCGUACUUCCAGCGCAAGCUGGCUGAAACCCCAGAGACCCCUACGAUGAAGCUGCAGACCUCGAUACCGAGCGAGUCGUACGCGCUUGUGCUACGAUAUCUCUAUCUGGGCGAAAUCCCCAGAGAUAUCGUCAACCCCGGUUAUACCAUGAGGACAGAAGAGGAGGUCCUCAAGGGUGUUGACAAGCUCGCCAAGGACCUCCAGAUCGAUAAGCUGUGGGAGGCCAUUUUGUCACAAAAUGACCGCAGGCUGGCCAGGCAGCGACAUCAGGACGAAGUCAACACGGCACAGAAACAGAUUGAAAAGUUUUUCAGAGAAAAGGUUCUGGGCCACAAAAUGACCGUCGACACGACGAAGGUCCAGGAUGUUAAGUGGCCAUAUGGCAACGCGAUGUUUGCGGACUGUCUGCUGCGUGCCGACGAAGCCGAUCCGAAUGGCGGCAGCACUCAGGACGAACAGGAGGCGCCAUCCACGAUAAACGGCAUUCCGAUUGGACCCGGUGCUGGCAAGCCGCAGACCAACGGAACAGCCAAGACGAGGAAGUCGGUCCUGUACCCCGUGCACAAGGCCAUGCUCAUCCGCAGCCCCUACUUUGAGACCAUGUUCUCGAGCCAGUUCAUGGAAGCUCAGACGUCAGAUCAUCUCCACAUCAUCCAGGUUGACUGCCUCCCAGAAGUGCUGGAACUGGUCCUGACCUUCCUGUACACGGAGAACGUCCAUGUGCCGCUCGAGUACGCCCUGGACCUGCUGUACACAUCCGACAUGCUCUUCCUCGACAAGCUCAAGACCAAAGCCGCCGUCGCCAUCAGCACCCUGGGGAGCGGCAACAACAAUGUGCUCGUCGACAGGACGCACGGGCAGCAGCAGCCGAACCCGGACCAGCAGACGAAAGACGACGGCAGUGCCGUUCCCGGGGCGGUCGAAGUCGAGCCCAUCAACGUCUACGACGUCCUCCACGCGGCAUGGGACCUGCGCGUGCAGCGCCUCGAGGAGUUCGCCGCGCGGUAUCUCGCCUACCGGCUGGAGGACUACAUUGACGAGGACGACUUUGCGCAGCUCAUCAACGAGUCCGCCUCGCGCCUCAAGAGUCGUGAGGAGACGGACACGAUCGAGCUGCUGGACGACAUCCGGUACUACCUCUCCGAGCGCUUCCGGCUGCGUUUCGAGGAUGCGGGUCUGGACGAGAUGCUGGAUGAAGACGGCGAGAUUGCCCCGGAGGCUGCGGAGGCUAUGGCUGCGGCGGCGGCAGAGAACAGUGCCGUGAACGGUAACGCAUCACCACCAGCGAAGGAGAAUGGCGCCCAGGCUGGAGCUACCAAUGGAGGAGGACCCCAGGCAACGCAGCUGAUCCCUGGUACCACGGUGCGGACUCUGGACGGCGAGGUCGCGGCCGACGAGUUCGAGUCCGAUGCCCUCAACUACCAGUUACUGCUGCAGAAGAUCGAUGUCAUGCUAGAUAAGCUCAAGCUGGAUGCAUAGAUAGCGCGUGAAAGGUCUGGCGCAACCAGCUCAACAGCGGGACGCUUUCCUUGGAUUAUUUGGAUCAUGACACCUAGCAUUACUAGACAUAAACUCAAUAUACCACAAGCUCGAAACAGGAAUUUCUCUGGAAGGCCACGAUUCAAUAGACUCUGAAAAGUUGCAUACUCC